AUGAAUAAUAAAUCAUCAAGCCAUUCGGGGUUGUCAUUGCAUGAAGCAUUCGAGAAGGCACAUAUUGAUCAAUAUAGAGCAGUCCGAGUAAAUAUUGAAUCCUCUGAUUCAUCAUCAAUUGUAAAUAUUGAAGAGUUUGAAAAAGUUUUGCAACAAGCCUUGAUUGGAUGGCAAAGCAGAUCUUCUAAGAAGGUUGAUUUCCAAAGUAGAGUGAGAAGUGCCCAUUUGAAAAUUGAUGCCAAGUUUAGUGAAUUAAUUCCAAUUUGUUUGAAAAAGUUUGGAUUUGAAUUUCAUCACUGUACACCUGAAUAUAUUUUCUUGCAUCGUUGGAUUGCAACUGAGGAGAAGAAUACCUAUCCACCAUUUUGUCAACAUUAUAUUGGAACUGGUGGAUGUGUUGUGGAUUUUAAAACAGAGGAAAUUUUGUUAAUUACUGAAAAGAUUAAUAUUAGAACUGAUUUACCAAAACAUGUCAAGCCAUUCAAAAUCCCAGGAGGUCAAUUGGAGAAACAUGAAUUUAUUGAGGAAGGUUGUGUGAGAGAAGUUUGGGAAGAAACCUCAGUGGAAACAAAUUUUAGAGGAAUUUUAGGAUUCAGAUACAAGAAGGAUUUCAGAUUUGGUGUUCCAGAUAUUUAUUAUAUUUGUCUCUUGGAACCUAAAUCUCAAGAACACAAAGAUGCCAUCGCUGCUUGUCCUAAUGAGAUUGAUCUUUGUCAAUGGACUCCAUUAGAGGAAUAUUACAAACUUGAUGGAUUAUCAAAAGUUCAACAACAUGUCAGAUCACUCAUCAAGAGAUAUCAUGAAAUGAGAAAGACUAAUCCAUCUGAAUGUGACAAGCUCUUGUUCAAAUCUACUGUACAAUCAUCUGAACAUUUCGAUAAUUCGGAUCCUGAACUUUUGGAAUUAUUAUACCCAAAUAUUAAUUAA